AUGGCCCAUUUGUUAUUUUUCUUUUUGAAAUAUUAUUUGCUCUUAUUAUUGAUAAUUCAAGCUGAUGGCUCUGAUAGCUGUGCUGGCACCUUUUCCAGCGCUGCUGGCACUUCCUUGGAAGAGAUAAACGGAAAGUGCAUAGUUGCUACAAAACAAAACUACAAAACAAGUGGAGGAUCAUCAGCUGCGACAACAUGUACAAGUAUUGGAGUCGCUUCAGGAAAGAAAAUGUAUCCAUAUGUGCCGUUAUCAAUAGAUAGUAAAGCCGAAAAUGAUCAUGUUAAAGAUGGCAUGGCAAUUAACGACAUCGACACAGCUUAUAACGGACUAGUGCUAUCCGGAUUGUGGCAGUGGAUAAAUGGAGAUUCAUCGAGUUAUUCGAAUUGGGCCAAGCCGCCAGUCACACAACCACCAACUCCUGGUACAACUACCGUACCAUUCCGAUCAACCCUUCCACCAUCCCAACAGCGAAGAUCCACAGCUGUGGUUAUUGGAAUAGAUGCCUCUUUGUUUUCGACAAGCUCACUUACUUUUGCGCAACUCGACUUUGCUCGUUCCCUAUCCACCUAUAUCGCUGAGCGUGGACCCGCAGAAUUUGCAAUUUUCGCCUAUGGCUGCACAGUCCAAUCUCCAUAUAUUGUACAGUAUCCAAAUUUUGUCAGAACAUUUGACGAUACAGAUGCCAUGAUUUCCAAUGUGAAUGAGAUGAUUAUUCAUGAUUGUGUAAGAAGUAAUCCUCUUGAUUUUAAAGGAAUGUUCCGUGACCAGACAGUCUACUACAACCGAUACUCCAGAUCGUAUAGACCGUUCAAAUCGAAAUUUUUGUCUAUGAUCUACUUUAGUUCUUCAACAGACUCGGAUAAUAUCAAAGCAGCAAUUUCGCUCUACCCAAUCACCAAUUCAACUGUUAUCACAGUCAAUGUUGGAAAUUCGUCAAUCGAUAUUUCUAGAUUAUCGAUUCCGGUUUGGAAGUAUGGAUUUCGUGUGAACACUACAGAUGACAUUAUGGGUCUCGUACCGAAAAUCGAUGCGAUUAUUUUUGGAGAUGGAUAUGUGCAUAGUUCUAUCGCUGGUUUAGCAGUGAAACCAGAGAAACAAGAGCAAAAUGAGCAAAAAGAGCGUAAAUUGGAUUAUUCGGUUAGGAUUAGAGAACCUUCGAAUCUCGCAACCAGCUACGAGGACUGCGCCUAUAUGAACGCCACUGACGGCUUAUGGUACUCUGAUGGAUCGUGUGCUACAAAACGUCAAAUUCUAUGUCAAUACGUUUUACCACAACCACCACAACCACCAACUCCAAAUCCCACUUUUGAUUGGCAGGAUCCCUGCUACUUCGAGACCACGAACUUUACUUAUUUCCAAAUUUUAGAAAAUUCGAAAUGCUAUCGGAUGUCCGUGUCGAAGAAGCAGUUCGCAGAAGCCGAAAACGUUUGCAUUUCCAACCAUCCCCUUUUCCUGCAUACACCUAGACUAACAUCUGUAGAAAGUGCCGAUGAAGAGGCGCAAUUGAGAACACUCGUCGCGAAUAUCACUUCGGAAGGCAUGUUUUGGUUUGGACUAAAACGGGAUCCCGUCAACUCGACGAAUUGGUAUUUUAUCAAUGGAGAUAUCUAUGAUGCAUCGUAUAGUAAUUGGAGAGAUGGAUAUCCGAGAGACGCAGACGGUUGUGAUUGUGUAGCCAUGGUCGUGAAUGAUAACAAAUGGAUCAAUACGGAUUGUAAUAAGUCAUUAUACUCGAUAUGUGCAUUUAGAUUUAAUGUGACUGAUAAAGCGUUUUGA